AUGCAGCUGCUCAUCUCUGCCAUCCUCUACCUGCUGGGCUCCUGCUGCCUUUGUGGCAUGGAGGCACACAAAUAUGAGUCCAUCCUCACGGUGCCCAAUGGAGGACCCUGGGGCUCUUGGGGGCACCAGCAGUUUUGCCCCAGUGGCUACGUUAAAGGAUUUGCACUGAAGGUGGAUGCCUACCAGGGAUUUUGGCUGUUUUAUGAUGACACGGCUCUGAAUGGCAUCCGCCUGAUCUGCGGUGAUGGCACAGUCAUUGAGUCCUCUGUGGGACGUUGGGGAAACUGGACCAAAGCUCAGUUCUGCUCCAGCAGCAAGCUGGUUUCCUUCUCACUGCGAGUGGAAAAGAGGAGGUACCUGCUUGAUGACACAAUGGCCAACAACGUGAGGUUUGCCUGCUCAGAUAAGACAAAGCUGGAGGGGCUGGGAUCUUCAAGGGGUCAUUUUGGUCCAUGGAGCAACAACUGCACCUCCGGGGCCAUCUGUGGGCUCCAGACAAAGGUGCAAGAACCUCAGGGAAUAUGGGAUGACACAACUCUCAAUGAUGUGAGACUCUUCUGUUGUAAAUAAAGCCCCCACCCCAAGCUAGCAUCUGCAAAAUGGUCCAACAUUAAAUCUUGAA